GCAGCGAACGGGUUCGGAGCGCUGUUAGCCCCCGUAGUACUCAAGCAAGAGAAAUGUCAAAUAAUUGCCAAAUAACCUUCGAUCAGAAUGAACAUGGAACAUAUUUCACCGGCCAAGUGGUUACCGGAAAGGUGAUAGUCAAUUUGAAUAAGACAAAAAAACUGCGAGGCAUUAAGCUACAAAUCAGCGGCUAUGCCUGUGCUCAGUGGCGACGUAAACAUGGACGUGCCGUGCCCACUACCCAGCACCAUCCGGGACGCAAGCGUUAUUUUAUGGGUCGAGAGGAUUAUAUAGCAUCGACUACAUAUCUGAUGGGCUCGGAGCAGGCGCCGACGACUAACAUUGAAGCAGGCACCUACACAUACACCUUUGCUUGUCCCAUACCCAAUCAUUGCCCGUCCUCUUUUGAAGGUGUCUAUGGACACAUACGUUACGUGGCCAAGGUAAUGUUUAUACGCCCCGGCGCUUCCAAUCGCACCACCAACGUGGGCUUCACCGUGCUCAAGCUUCUCGACCUGAACCAGGAGAGUAAAAUGCUCCGCGAACCAGCUACCAGCGAAAGCAUGGAAUAUUUUUGCUUCAUGCACACCAAGCUGGUCCACAUGAAGGUGACGCUGCAGCAGCAGGGCUAUGUGCCAGGCCAGUUUAUGCUAGUCCAUGCGGAUGUACGCAACAAUUCCAGCAGCGACUGCAAGAAACUCAUGAUCAUGAUCUAUCUGCAUGCCACUUACACAUCCGACAUGCCCGCCAUGCAAAUCGUCUCCGAGAAGAUUCUGCUGACCAAGCGUGAAGGUGGAGGCGUGCUCCACAAUUGCCAGAAAUCCUAUACUGAAUCGUUACGCAUACCAGCCACAGCGCCCACCUGCGAGCACCUUAGUAAGGUGGUUCGCGUCUCGUACGAGGUGCGCAUCGUGGCCGUGAUGAACUGGCUGAUGGCUAAUCCCAAAGUAAUUAUACCCAUCACCAUUGGCAAUGUGCCGCUAGCUACGGUUGGGCCGGCCUCUAGGUUUGGUGUAGCAUCCGUGCCACGGGACUUGCCCUGUACCUCGGCCAGGGCCAUCGAACUGGCCUCAGGUGUCAACAAUCCCGGCUACGAGCUGACAGAGGAGCUGGAAGACUACGAGCUGCCCGAGGAUGGAGACGAUGAGUUUGAGAUCGAGGAUAACCUUGCACCAGAUCUGCCUCCACCCACCUACGAGCAGGCCAUGUUUAUGACCGCCGACAUUGCCGAUACGGAUGCCAAUACGGUUAGUGAGGCUACUCGGUUCACCCCGCGGUAUCCCGUCUUUGAUGUGGAUACAUUCCAGUCUCCUCCACCGAAUCCCCCGCAAAAGAGACGCCGUCGUCGACGUCAUCGAGCCGAACAACGUUCGGACAAGAAGGAAGCACCGCAAGGCAAGUUGAGCGGUGAGGAAAAAGAAUUCGUGGAAUCGCCCGUUGAGAUUUGAGAGCUUAUCAAAUGCAAUAUCUUAUCGCGACAGUAUUUAUAUUAUAAU